AUGGCAAGAAGCCCGAAUGGAGAAGGAGCUGAAGACAGAGAUGGAGGACUUGAGAACCAAGGUGGCUUCCCUCCGGAAUGUCCAUCAGAAUUGCGAGAAGCUAUUGCCAGUAUAAUAUUUGCAGCUCCCAGAUGUUCAGAUGUGCCAGAUUUUUUGCAGAUAAAAAAUUUGUCUACUGCAAAAUAUGGGAAGGAAUUUGUCAUGGCUGUGUCAGAACUUCGUCCUGACUCUAGCGUCAACCGUACAGUAACUGAAAAGCUUUCAAUUAGUGCUCCAGCAUCUGAGGUAAAACUCAAGGUAUUGAAGGACAUUGCACAAGAGUACAAAGUGCAAUGGGAUUCUACAAGCACAGAAGCAGAAUUUGGUAAAAAGCAUGAAGAUUUGCUGGUACUUAUUCAACUUAGUGCUUCAGUUUAAUAUUCUGACUUAGUAGACGGUUGUUGGAAUUGAGCAUCUUUAGGUAGAAUGUAAAACCCCCUUCCCAUAUGGUUAGGAGUGCUACUAAUACAUAGCUUAGAACAGGUAAGAGAUCCAACAUAAAACUUUAACUGAUCUUAUUAAAUGAAAAUAAAAAAUAACAUAGUAAGUUUCUAAUAACUGAAAUGUUUAGAAAACACCAUGACCUGGUAAAAGACCAAACUAAUCCUAUGUGUGAAAUACCUUGUUUGGGCUAGGUAUUAUCAUUUAGAUUUGGCCUGCCUGCUCAUCAACUUUCUCAUUACCUAGUACAUUUAAAACAUGAAAAAAAAGUUGUUGAAGACCCAAUAAAUAGCAUAUCAUAUAAUAAACAUAAUUUAAAUUAGGUUUUACCUUUCGAACACAUGUACUCAACAUGCAUGGCAUAAAGAAUAACAAUUAUCGACAAGUACAUUGCAUGUCCAACAAUUAGUAAACAAAUAGGGGACAUAGCAUAUAUUGCAAUGAAUAAACAAUCAUCAUGUUCCUCACCCAAUUAACAUGCUUUGUGGCAACAACAUUAGCCCUUGUCUCUAAGGUGGUCCCAUAGCAAGUAGCCAUAGGGUGCUAGAAUUCUCAUAACUUAUCUUUGGUGGACCAUACCUUUAUGUCAACAUUCUUUGGUUUGGCUUCCACAUCCAUCCGUGCAUCUUUUGUGACUAUCGUUUUAAUGCUUUAGGCAUUCAUUUACAUAACUUAGCUUUUAUCUCGUCUUAUAAGCUUUCCAUGGCAUGUGUAUUAACAAGUGAACUAAUCAUGUGUUCAUAACAUUCGAUUAAUCAUGUGUUCAUAACAUUCGAUUCUAACAUUUGCAUGGCAUAACAGUAAACAUAUCAUGACAAGUAUUGUAUGCAUCUCAUCACAACUUUGAUACAUAAAAGGCGCUUUCAAUGGAAGGGUCAUAUAUAGCAUAAUAAUAAUUGAACAAUACUUUCUCAAGCCAAACAAACGCUUUACCACAACUCAUAAAGGUAUGAUUGCACUACAUACUUUAUCUUAGCUCCAAAAACCAAAGAUGUUUCACUUAGCAACCCACAAGCUCUUGGAUUACACUAGGGGUGCUGGGCGGGCCCUUGCAUAUUCCACCUGCCUGGAUUUUCCCAAGC